AUGGUUCUUAUUGUUUUCGACGAUGUAAGUAAAUCAAAGCAGUUAGAGCAUUUAGUUGGUGAUGGUAAUCUCUUUGCUUGUGGAAGUAGAAUUCUCAAAACAACAAGAGAUCUAAAGGUGCUCAGGAAAGUUAAAGAUAGGCAAAAAGAUAUCAAUGAUGUCGAAAAAUGUGUAUACCAGGUUGAGCAGUUGAAUGAUGAGGAAUCGCUCGCUCAUUUUAAAUUGAUAGCAUUUGAUGAAGGAGAGCCUCCCAUGUCAGCUCACACAAAGCUAUCAAAACAGGCAGUGGAUUACCCUGGACGCAUUCCGUUCGUGAAUUGA